CCGAAACACGGCGGCCGAACCUCACAUUCCUCGAUCCCACAUUCUCACGUCUUUUGCGCUCCACAACUCAACACAGAAGAAGGAAAAUCGUGCAAUUAUUUGAGAAUAAUGAUCUUCUUCUCGGAAAAAGCUUUAGCAGAUCAGAAAAUGCGGUAACUCUGCUCAUUUUACCACCACCAUCCGACCACCACCACCACCACAACCGCUGCCUCCACCCAUCCAGAACGAAGAACAUAUACCCAACUCUGCUCAAAUCGACAAACAGAAAAACAGACAAACAAACCCCAUAAUUGAUAACGAAAAGGAAGAGAAAACAAGAAAGGUUUGUUGCUUUGGGUAUUCCCACCAAGAUCUCAUCUGGGUUGUGUUUCGUCAGGUGUUUUACGGUUCGGGGUGUACCAUUCUUGAAUCAAUUGGAUCGAUUCAAAGAACAAAAAAAAACUCACGAAUUUCAAGUUUUGUUUGAAGAGAUAAGUUAACAAGAGAGGAUGAAUAUAUUGUGGAAAGACCCAGGGCUUCCAACAGAUUCAUAUUAUGAAGUUCGAGUUGAAUGCACCGAUGUUCCUAAAACCAAAUUUAAAAUCAAGUCGGGGAAGACUCUUAGUGUAAGGAAGUGGCAAUCAGCAUUCAGUCCAGAAGGUCAUCUUGAUAUAGGCCAAACCCUUGGUCGAAUUUAUCGUGGUGGGAUACAUCCAACGAUUAGAGGAGAAGUAUGGGAAUUUUUACUCGGUUGUUUUGAUCCCAAGAGUACAUAUGAGGAGAGAAAAGAGAUACGCCUAACAAGAAGAGAAGAAUAUGGAAGACUAAAAGAAUUAUGCACAUACAUGUUUCCACUUGUUGGAAGUGGCAAGUUUAUAACUGCUCCUGUAAUAACAGAAGAUGGAACCCCAACUCAAGAUCCAAUAGUGCUUCUAGAAGCAAACCCUGAGAAACUUAUGAUACCAACAACUCAAGCAACAAUCAAUUCAGGCAAAGAAGUAUCUGUCCCAAAGGAAGAAGACAAUAAGAUAAUCCAAUGGAAACUUACCCUACAUCAAAUAGGUCUUGAUGUGGUUCGAACAGAUAGGACACUUGUGUUUUAUGAAAAGCAGGAGAACUUGUCAAAAUUGUGGGAUGUUCUUUCGGUGUAUGCUUGGUUUGAUAAAGAAGUCGGUUAUGGUCAAGGAAUGAGUGAUCUUUGUUCUCCUAUGAUUAUGCUUCUUGAAGAUGAAGCAGAUGCAUUUUGGUGCUUUGAACGUUUAAUGCGUAGAUUGAGAGGGAAUUUCAAAUGCGUAGGGGCAUCUGUUGGGGUUGAGUCACAACUUUGCAAUUUAGCAAAUGUUAUUCAAGUUGUUGACCCUAAGCUUCAUCAACACUUGGAUCACCUAGGUGGUGGUGAUUAUUUAUUCGCAUUCAGAAUGCUUAUGGUUUUGUUCAGAAGAGAACUUUCUUUUGGUGAUUCUUUGUAUUUAUGGGAGAUGAUGUGGGCUUUGGAGUAUGAUCCUGAUCUUUACAAUUUAUAUGAGGAACCUGAUUCUGAUAGACCUGAAGAUGCUAAAGCAAAACCAAAAUCAUCACGACAAUGUGGCAAAUUUGAAAGAGAAAUUUUGAGAAGUGGGGCUAAAGAUGAAGAAACUCUCCCCAUUUCUGUGUUUCUUGUUGCAAGUGUCCUCAAGGAGAAAAGUGUCAAAUUGCUCACGGAAGCCAAGGGACUCGAUGAUGUUGUCAAGAUAUUGAAUGACACUUCUGGGAAUUUGGAUGCUAAGAAAUCUUGCUCGGGGGCUAUGAAACUUCAUAAAAAGUAUCUGAAAAAGGUGAAAUUGGAAAAGGUAGCUUCAUAACAAGAUGAUGAGUUUUGAAUGUUUGACUUGUGUUAAUGAUGAAAGAUAGAGGCUGGAGACAAUUUUUGUUUGUAAUUUGUAAAGACUACUAAUGUAUGUUGUGUACAAUUACAGUUGAUUCUUAUUGAAGCAAUGUGUAUUAAACUACAUAAAGUAUUCUGUAUAUGC